UCCAGAAUUUAACAUAUAGAAUGCUCAUUCAGCUGAAUUUUAAAAAAAGAUUCCAUGUUCUGUAUAUAUCUGACAAAACUGGCAACAUUAUACAGACUACUGACUUGAAGACCACCUCUUUUGUAUUUCUCUGUUUCUGGGCUGAUGAAUUGGUUUCAUCUAUUCUCCCCUUCCCCUUUCAGAGUUUUUUCUUGGAAAAGUACUAGCGUAGCUGGUCAUUUCUUUGUAAGGUAGUUAGAAUUUUAAGUCUUUCUUUGGGCUACACUUUUUUUUAAAUGUGAAAGGUUAGGUGAUACUUUUUUUACUGCUUUUAUGUUAUCCUGUCUUGUUUUGAAACCAUGAUGGUUACUUUUUGUUUCCUAAAUAAAAUUUUAAAAAAUUAACAGCCAAGUCACAAAGAUAAAUGGGUUGCACAUAGACUAAAAAUAAACUUCAGAUUUGUGAUUUUGUUUCUAAUCUUGAUGUAAAUUUACACUAUUUAUAAAUACAUAUUUAUUGCUUGAAAAUAUUUGUGAAUGGAAUGCUGUUAUUUUUUCCAGAUUACCUGCCAUUGAAAUUUUAAGGAGUUCUGUAAUUUCAAACACUACUCCUAUUACAUUUUCUAUAUGUAAAUAAAACUGCUUAGCAUUGUACAGAAACUUUUAUUAAAAUUGUUUAAUGUUUAAAGUUUUUGUAUUGUUUGAGUUUCAAAAAGAAUAUAUGUACAUUGCCCUGUUUUUGUUGAUUUUUUUGAAUCUGGUUAUAUAUUUUAUAUAUACUCUUGUGCUUAUGUAUAUAUAAUAUAUAUACAUAUAUAGAGAGAAAGCUGAAUAUAAAUAUAUGUAUAAAGAAUUAGAGCCUAAAUUUUUCUUGUUUUUAAGUUUUACAUCUAUAGUAGAUUUGAGGUGUCUACUGUAAAGUACUACUUACAAAAGUAUGAUUAUUUUUAAUAUAUAUGGUAUGUAUCAAGAUAUAUGUCCUUCAGACUGAUUUAUUGUUAAAUUGCACUUCUUGCAAUCACAGACAAAUAGCUAUUGCCAAAUUGUAGUAGUAGGACAUGGGAAAUAACCUAGCUAGCAGCUCCGAGAAGUAUAAUAUCAUUUUAACAGACUUUUGAAGAUUGAAUUUAGACACCUUGGAAUUUAGCAAAGAAUAAUAAAGGAAAUAGAGGUUUAAUGAGAAUGAUAUCUUAGAACACAACUAAAACAAGAUUUGUACAUUCCAGUUCCCUUUUUAAAAUAAGCAUAUGGCUGCACUGUCUUAAGUACAAAUUAUGCUAUAUUUCUGUUUAUUUUGUAAUUCAAAUAUAUUGAUGAUUUUUAAAGCAUUAGAGUCCUAUAGGACACCUUAUUUGUUUGAAGUUUAAAGUUAAUGAUAGCAUUUUAUUCUAAUAAUUGCUCCCAUACUUUCUGAACUGUUACGUGGAAACACAUUAAAUCUAAAUCCAAUAUCUUUA